AUGAAGUUCUCGCUCGGAAUUCUGUUUUUCUGCUCUUCCGUCGCUUCAUUGGAUCUCAAUGAAAUCAGUGAGUUUUGAGGAGAGAUCAGUCCGGUACCAAUUGGGGGGUUUCAGAGAGAAUGAAGACGGAUCCAACUACGAUUGCGACCACGACUACAACUGUUACCACCACUACUCCAACUACUACGACCACUGCGCCCACCACUACCACAACCACCCCAACUACCACAACCACAGAAGCUAUCACAUUCUCAAUUGUGGAUCCCGGUGUAAUGCUGAUUGACUGCCCGACCGGAUGUCCGACGGGUUGGAAAUAUCUCAACUCCAAGUGCUACUUUGUGAUUUUCAUAUCAUCUUUUUUAUCACUAACAAACUUUAUUGUAGAAGUAUGAUGUGGCAGCGACAUAUUCGGAGGCUCAAAGUGCCUGUUCUGCUCAAAGUGCUCAAUUGGCAACAAUCACGAGUUUCGAUGAGAAUGACGCGUUGAGAAGUGAGACGAAUUGAAUGAUGUUCUUAUUUAACAAGAAGCCUUUCGUUCCAGAAGCAUAUGACUCGAAUCUUCUCGUGGACGAGACGAAGGAAACGUGGAUUGGGCUUGAGUUGACGAGUGGGGCGUGGAAAUGGACGGACGGAAGCGCCAUGAGCUACUCGAAUUGGGCUCCCACACAACCGGCCAGUGAUCAGUGUGUUCAGGUAAAUGGAUGACCGUUUUUCGAAAAUCCUUUGAGUAUUCAGAUGAUCACGGACGCACUGAGCAAUUCCACUUAUUUGUAUCAACGUGGCGGCUGGAAGACGUAUAGUUGUACCCAGAAGUCAGCGGGUUACAUCUGUGAGAAAGGAGCGACGGCACAAUGAUUUUUUGUUUGGGAAAAUGAUUGAAUCAAUGAAAAUAGUUUUCAAUGUGUUUCCUUUUAUAACACUGUCAUUGAUCGUACCGCUCCCUGGACAGUUUAGAAUUGCUUAGCCAGCAUUCUUUAGAUCCAGUUGCAAUAAUCCAAUCCGACCCAAACUUUACAGGCGUCUCAGUCUUGGAUUGGAGUAUCUUAGGGCCUAG